AUGGCUCUUUUGGACGUGCCUCCAUAUAUAAUGAACACAGCUAAUAACAAGUCAAACAGAGGGAUUCUGUACGAUACGCUUAAGUACGCUGUAAAUCACGCUUGUUUUGACGAAGAAAGGUACACGGAAUCUCAUCUGAGAUGCUUCCAGUAUCCAAUAUCUGUAGGUAACUACGACGAGAUGAUCAAACUGAUUAAAGAAAAGGAGGUGGAUUUUGCUUUUCCUAUUCAGUCCGACAUGAAAGCUAAGCUGACGACUGAAACGAAUGUCACGCUCAUCCGGGCAUUUGUCUCAUCCGGGUGUUCAUUGAUAGUGAAUACAAAGUUAUGCGAGCAGGAUUCUCGGAAACAGUUGAUGACUUCCAUCAUGUCACAGUGGCCGAUAUUGGCUUGUAUCAUACUUUUGUCAGGAAUAUCUGGGGUUAUCAUUUGGCUUUUUGUGAGUAUCAGUGGCUUAGAAAACGUAUUAAUAAUGUAUAAACAUUUUAAAAUGCUGACAACUAUUGAAUACGCAAUUAAUUUUUUUAAGGAAAAGUCGAGUCGAUAAAUUCAAUCACUCCAGAGCAUAAGAGAUGUAAAUGAUGAAUCAUCCCUAACCCUAAUCUCAUAUUUGGUCAUCUUUAUUCAUUAACACUCAUAGUGCUUAAAAUUAUAGAAAAACUCUCAAAAUUAGCUUGAAUUAUCUGAAAUCGAAGAUUAUCGCGAAAGAUUUUAAUCAGGUGAAAGAUAAUUGUGCUCCUGAGAUAUCGAAACGCUAUGAGCGAGCUCGUAGCGCGCGUGCAACGAAGCCCCAUACACAUAAAAAUGGAGGUAAUGUUAUUUCAAGACUUCGAGGUAGGUCGUUGUAAUUUAAGUAAUUUGGCUUGUGGACGGACGUGUAAUAUUCAUUUUAAUAACGUGCUUUUGUUUUGAAUCCCUUAGGAACAUAGAGCAAAUGAAACGUACUUUUCACCAUCGUUUACAAUUGGAUCGCCUCAGGGGUUCUGGUGGGCAGUGGUAUCACUUACAACAGUAGGGUAAGUUAUCGUAAUUUUCUUUUGUGUGAAAAAAAAAGCUUUGUGGGUUUGUGAGCAAAAAUACAGACGCCACAUUUGCCUUGUGUUUUUUCUUCUUGGCGACCAGUCAAUAUUUAUCGCCAGAGGGAGGGGUGGGUUCCGUUUUUUUUUUUUUUUUUGUUCUUGUUGGAGGAGGGUCACGUGGUUUCCAUAGGGAAUGGGGUGGAUAUCAGUCGUCGCUAACCGAGUAUAAAUGGAGGACUAGAGAGAGAAUUGAAUGUCGCUUAACUGUUAAUGGGAAGGGGGAGGUGGGGCGGGGGAAAAGGAGUUAUAAUUAUUAUAGAGCCUUAUGAGGGGACCAGGUAAAUUCUACCGUGACAUAACCAAAAUUCUCCAAACCCUACCCCCUCCCUUCAGAGAUAAACCUUGACGGCCUUAUUAGUUAUGAUUAAUUCCCAUGAAUCUCACGUACGGCUUAACUUGAUAAAAAGAUGCCGCAAGCCAUCUAAUUCAUUGGAAGUGUAUGCUUGCGUUUUGAAUCACAUAUCUUUACUCUCUUAAGUCCUAAGCUACAAGAUUGCACAGGUUCAAAAGCGAGGGCUGAAAUUCUCAGGAAUGGCUAUUCACGUUGAUUUGUUUCACCCGAAGCUCCACCAGGUCAAUGAUGAUCGUAUUUUUUCUGGUUAAAAUAUAAUUUUUACCAAGUUUUACACUUAAUUCUGUCAUGAAUGUAAAGACUGUCAGGUAGGGUUACGCUUGUACUCACACCAAAGCUGGAUCAAGGGUUUUAUGACAGGGGAUCCCAAACUUUGAUUCACAAAGCACAAAUUAAAUUCUCUUUUUAUAUUAAAACCUAAUAAAUACAAGCUUAAAGAUAUUUCAAGCUAAGUAAAUUUCAGUUACCAAAAGUUCAUGGUAAUUUGCGAUCCUGACGUUGUAGGAAUUCUGAUUAUAAAAAUAUCCAGGUCCAGAUCCCUGGAUCCUCAUUCUGUAUACACCCCUGUGCACUAAUUUUUGUCCCCCUUUUUCAGGUAUGGUGACAAAAUACCAGGGUCGAUUCCUGGACGGUUAUUUAGCAUAAUUUGGAUCCUUGUUGGAGCGAUAUUGUUAUCGCUGUUCACUGCCAUGGUCACAAAUGCUAUGAACACUGCUCUGGAUGGCUCAAAAUGCAAAGAUAUCAGCGGUAAAGAGGUGAGAGUUGUCAAAAGUAAAAAAUACGAAGUUGACAGCGUUGUCUGUGUUAUUUCCAUAAACCUGGCUUAUCAACUCAUUUUGAUAUUUCUAUGGAUUGAUGAUUUAACAAAUAGAGAAGCCUUGACUGUGCUCUGUUCUGUUAUAAAGCACGCAGGAAGCGGCUAGAGCACGAAAGAAGUGGGAAGAAACACUCGACUACGUCUCGUGUUUCUCCCUACACUUCUUUCGUGCUCUAGCCGCUUCCUGCGUGCUUUAUAACAGAACAGAGCACAGUCAAGGCUUCUCUAUUUGUUUUAUAAUAAAGAAUCCGUUAAAUUACCCAAGCAUUACUUUCAAUUUUCAAAACAAACUUUAUUUCCAAAGCGAACAACAGUGUCGUCAGCAUGCUCUAUACUCUCAUAAAGCACGCUACAAUAAGCCAAUCAGAAUCCCUGUUAGAAUGGUUCAAAUACUCUGAUUGGCUGUACAAGACUAAAGCUGUCAAAAGAGUCAAACCAUCAAAGUUCACAUUCUACGAUAGUUUACAAACUAAAAUAGUUCGGCAAGUCGAAUUUAACACUUUUGCUUGAAGUUUUCAAGUCUGUAAUACAGAAUCUUGAAGUGAAAUGUUCAGUGAACUUCAGCCGAAUUAUGGCUCAUAAAAACACGCGAGUUUUUUCACAUGACAAGGUAGAAAACAAACUGUUCAAGGCGAGUGUUUUUUGAAUGAACGACAGCCGAAUUCACCGGAACAUGAAGAUCGCUCGGGAUGGCAGCGCCGCAAAACUCGGUUGCAGUGACUGAUGUGACUUUCCACUCAACGCAUCGGAAAGGAUAUCAGAGCAAGCUCUUAUUUUUUCACUCGAAGGCCGGCCGAUGUAGUUUCUGAGGCUUGCUUUACCGUGAUGACCGGAGAUCGCCAUGAUGAGCGAGCCGCCAUGAACUUCAGCAUGAUCAUAUUCGCUCAGACACCGUCAUGAUUAGUAUGAAUUUUAACAGUUAUGCCAGUUUGGUUAUAUUUUUCAUCAUUUCUGUUUUGUUCUGUUUUGUUUUUGAACACUGAACUUUAUAUACUAUUCGAGUGUUAGCUGUGUUUAAUUUUUAUUACCGUACGUAAGCUUGCAAUCUAACUGAGCGUGAAAAUCUUUAAAACUCGGAAUGUCUAUUUUGUUUUUCCUUUUGGAUUUUCGUAUCUGCUCACGUUUUAAUCACGUAAAUUACGGCGCCUGGUAUGUUUACAAACCUUUGUUUGAUUCUUCUGUUGCUACUUGCCGGCUCGCUUCAGUUCCGAAAUUUCACUUUCAGUUAUCGGAAAGAAAGCUAAAAAGAAGUCCCGGAAAAGGUCGAACAUAGUACAGUUUGGCAGAUGGCGUGACAGCUUUAGCUCAGCUCUAUGCUCUAUACUCUCAUAGAGCACGCUCUUUCAACCAAUGACAGUACGCGUUAUAUCCGAACUUUAUUAUAAAAUCUGGUAAAUCAUGGCCUUUAGGGUUGAUGUUAACCUUACACGGACAAGGAUAAGAGUGGUCCCUUCUUUUUGGUGAAGUCCGUCGCACCAAUCAAAAACACAAAAACAACAAGCACAAAAGUAACCGUGGAAAAAAUUGAUAUUGGCGCGCCGCGGCGUGCCUCAUCUGUACAUCUCCGCGCGCCACAUUAUCGUCCAUUUGUGUUCUUUUGUUCACUGAUAUUUUUUGACUCGUGCGACGGACCUCUCCGAAAAGUGGAGACUACUUGCAGUCUAUACACAAACUCAGAUAUAAAAAACAAGACAAAACAAAAAGAAAGAAAUACGAAACAUCUUGCUGCGGCCACCCCUGAGUGUGUAGCAUCAUGGUCUGAGCUGUCAGACUCGUUCCGAUAGCCUCCAUAACUUUCUUCGUAGAAUCUAUCACCAGUAAUGCCCUCUUCACUGACAGAAUCACUCCACAACCUUUCUAGAAUCUUAUUAACUGAAUACUUACUAAUUGCCAGCAAAUUGUAAGUGUCCCUAAAAAUAUGUGGAGAUUCCAAGAUGACAGAUAAUUUGUACUUGACAAGAAAAACAAAUUUUGUAGGUUUUAUUGGGCAUUUAUCUGUCGACAAAUGUACAAGUCUCUACCAGGCCCUAUUAAGUUUUUCUAUGGGCGAUUUUAAUUGUUGAUUUACCACAUUAUAUAAGCAUCAUUCCUUGAGACCUAUCAAUUAUUGGCUAUUGCCAUCUAAGUAAUCAGAUUCAGGACUUACAAAGUGCGUCCUUGCCACAGUGAAAGGCCUAAAAGAUGUAGUCGCGUGCGCUGGAGGGGCGAAAGGUUACGAAUAAUGGAUGACCACACCCAAUACAUGCGCAAGAGAAGAUAAAAGCUGUUCUAAUGUAGUGGGAUUUACCUUAGGUUGGCGUGUUCAUCAAAAAUACUGAUACGAAAAUUGUGGCAAAGCAGUACGACGCAAAGAUAAUUGGUAAGUAACGAUUUUCGCUGAGGUUAUAUCUAUUGCCAACAUUCCGUUUACAAAUAAAGUUUUCAAAUCCAUCUUUCUUCAUUCGUCCAAUUGACGUGACGAUGUCAUACUGGAUUAACGAAAAUUAGGGAUGUGCUCCUGAUUCCAGUCCCACUGGAGGACUCGGGGAUAGUUCUGCAUUUAACUGAUUCGGUAACAUCAAUUCGUACUGGGAGCACACGCCAGUAUGACUUCCCAUUCUACUACAAACGUACACGAUCACAGAGCCACGAGAAGGGGGAGGGGGUUGACUUCGCUCAGGCGUGAAAGUAUUCCCAUAUCACGAAGACACACCUUACAAAAAAUACAGUACAGUGACACCCCUUCUAACAAACUACCAACUGAAAAAAGCCUCAAUGGUUCGUUUUCCAUGAAUGCAUUUUUGUAAAAAUAUUUAACCUUAUUUACGUGACCUCCGUUGUGACUAGACUGAUCCACAAAUAUCUGAUAUUACAGAGUUUAGAAGCCUGCAAGAGAUGCAAGAAAAACUCAGCGAAGGAACCAUCGGAAGAGUCCUUGUCGAUCGAAACACUGCAUUUUACUUCCUAGAUAAAUCCGGACUGAAAAUGAACAGGCAGAUCCGAAUGAUUCGCAAUAUCGAUUAUCCGAUGGAUUAUUACUUGGUGCACGUAUAUACAGGACCAGUGAACGUUACAAACGACACCGAUCCAGAAAUUGUCAAAAGAAAAAAAGUGGUGGAAUGUGGACCAGCAUUAAAGAAGUUUUCCACAACAUUGCGCGGAGAAAGUCUAAAGGCAUCAGGUGACCUGAUACCGGCAGAACUGCAGGUAGUCUUCUACAACACUUUUCAACUAAAGUGAUCAAGAGUAAUUGUUGAUACUCACGUCGGGUUUAUGAUGCACGACCGCACAAAGGUUGUUUUUUGUCGCCUUACGGCUUUAACUGGCCGGAAAAAUAUUAGAAGGUCGGUUUUAGGUAUCUCUAGCCCUCUGAUGAUGAAUUCAUGAAAAUUUGUUUAAUCCAGAACUAGGAAAAUGAGAAAGAUAAGAUACCUGUGGGAAAACAAAGAUUACCCUUGCUCUUUAAAUAAUUCUAAGUGGUUGAAUCUAUCCCUCUUUAAUGUUUUUUUUUUCUUUUUAGACGGCUGCCUUAUUUGAUCAAAUGGAUGGUUUAUUCUCAAGUGGCUCAGAAAUAACCCGGUUUAUCUUAUUUAGUCUUCUUGGGAUAUUCCUCGGACUUGUCAUCAUUGGGGUGUUUUGGGAGGGCUUGAAUUCCUGUAAUCCCGCGAUUCUAAAGAGGAAAGGUAAGUUUAACCUGUGUGGAAAUAUUUGGAUUCAAUUUGUCCUUGUUCUACCAACAUCAAAGGUUGUCAUUUUUUAGGGGGCAGGACAGAGGAUUUUGCGGCGGGGGGGGGGAGAUGCGUACUUUUCAGGGGGAAGGGAGAGAAAGACCAGUCGUCCCUUUAAAGGGCGAUCAUUGGAAUUCAACGGAGCUAAAUAGAGGAUCAGGUAAAUUGUAAUACAACCCAAAUCCUCCGAAGGCACUCCUUCCCCGUCUUCUAGCCCCAACUGUGUGACAGAUAUUAACCGUUCCCAAAUACAAUUUAUUUUUUGCUAAAUUAGGUAUUGACAGAUCCAUUUCUUUAAUUCUUCAGAUAUGCACAAGUGUGACCGAGGAAGCGAGGAAGAUCAUCCAGGCCACUUUAACAGGAAGAAAUUCGUGGUGGAGAAUUUUCAGGGUUUUGAAAAUAGACUCAAAGAAUUAUCCAACGACUUGCAGAAGAUUAAAAAAGACUUUGCUAAAGCUCUCUUAAUCCAGGAAAGUGAUGCACCUCAUGAAACACUGCUGCAAUAAGGCGAGAAAUUGUAACGUUUAAAUAGCUUUAUCUUAUUUUAGCUCAUUCUUAUGAGCUGAGUUUGUAAAUUAUUAGUAAUAACAUUGUAUCUAUAAGUUCUUCUGCACGGGAGAAUUCAUUGUUAUGUCAUUUUUCACAUUUUGACAGCCACCAAACUCUGUCCCCUAAUCUGUCUCCUCUGGCCUGAUGCAUGGUCAGUGCAUUAGACUCUGGGUCGAGAGGUCUGGGUUCGAGACUUAACUGGGUCUUGGACAAGACACUUUACUCUCCCCAUGCCUCUCUCCACCCAGGGAAAUAAAGGGGUAUUAGCGAAUUGUCAAGGAAGCCUGAUGAAUGCUGGAAGUAACCUUGCGAUGGACUAGCAACUCAUCCGGAG